AUACAAUACUAGUCACGCGGUAUAUCUUUUCCUUAUAUUCAAGUGUUACCGGAAGUUAAGUUAUUCAAAUCCAUCAUCUGGUCAAUAUAUCCGCGUUGAAACAACAUGUUGUACGCAGCCCAAUACUUGGUGGGGAUUUUAUUAGCAAUUUUUGGCCAGGGUACCCUGGUUGAAGGAGCAGAGACAUGUUACUACUACAACAGUGUCGGCCAGUACAUAAGAUUGUACUGCCCAUACAGCGACUGUUGUGGUGUGUACUACAAUAGAUACUGCUGCAACGCAAGCCCCACGGCAGUGAUUGUGGGUGGCGUGUUGGGCUUGCUGUUCCUGAUCGGCAUCGUGGUCUGCAUAGUGUCCUGCUGUUUCUGCGCCUGUUGUCCGGUCUACCAGAACCGGGUGCGGUCAAGGGGCGUGUAUAUUACAACAGCAGGAUCGAACACAGUGGCCCCAAAUUACAACACCAUCAGCGGGACGACUCAGCCAUCAAAGCCCCCCGCCGGUGCGUACAUGGCGCAACCACCGGCAUAUCAGUCCUAACACGUGGACACGAAGGAACAAUAACACGAAUAUUUGUUUCAUGUUGUAAACUCAUAUCACAUAAUUGAGCCUCGACCUGGGAAAACGGAGCUAAAUGACAAAAAUCCAGUUUAGGCCGAAUGUCACUGAUUACCCGGUGCGGACGUCACAGGCUAAUCUUAGACGGCAUUUUACGCACACGCAGUAAGCCCUUUUUCCCCAGAUCGAUGCUUAUGUGUAUAUGCGUAGUUUCUAUAAACUGAAGACUACAUAACGAAAGAUUUCAACGGAUUUCGAAAUAAACAUGUGAGCAAAACGUGUUUCCUGAAUACUUAACUUACGUCAUGCAAACUGUUUACCGGAAACCAACUAAAUGUUUUCGUUUUAAAUAAUCCAUUCGCUGACUUAUUGAUAUACUGAAUGAAUGAGUGAGCGAGUGAGUGUGUGAGUGAGUGAGUGGGUGAGCAAACGAUUGAAAAAAAAUGAGUCUUUAUUAAUAUAAUAAACUCUCCAUAUAGAUUAAUAUACAUGUAUUAUACCCUGUAAAUAUCUAUGGCAUUAGUACUAUUAUGAUAAAUGCGUGUAUGUUGAUUGCUGUGACUUGUAAUAUUAUUGCUUCAAUUAGUAUCAGGAUGUCUUGAAUUACCACUUGAAUACAACAUAUAUUUAUA